AUGCACCAAACCGAAAUGCUUUUGGGUAACUUUUGCCCAAGCAGUUUCCCGAUGAACCGGAGUAGUUGCCUGGGGUUACCUCACGUCAAAUGUCUCACGAAGCCCAUGCCACCUUUUGCCACGCUCCUCCUGUGCUUAAAACAAGAUUGGGCACAAAACGGUCGACGGAAGGAUGUCGACAGGUUGUGCGGUUUCUGUGAGGGAAGUGAGGAGGUCAGGCUGGCUGGGGAGAAACCUCCCGUGUGGCUUAAGCACAGAAGGGGCCGUUGUGUUUGUAGGACAGCAACAAAAAUGGAAACUGAGGCUGGAUCGGGACUGGUUAGCCCAGGAAGGAGGGGAAUAGCUGCCAGACUUGACUUGAAUUAA